AUCAUGAAUGUUAACGAGGAAACGAUUUGUUUACCAAUGCAUUACUAAUGGGAAUAUACUUCUACAAUUUCAACUUUGAUAUUGCCCUUAAUCAGUUCCUCUGGACUUGGCUGGCCACGCCAGACGCAGAGGUUGAGCAAAUAAACAAUUAUGAAAGUAUAUAUUCAGGUAAUCUUUGCUAUUAUACUCAGUACGUGUCAAGCCCAAGUAAUACAUAACCGACAUAUAAAGAGGGAAGGAGAUCAUUCAAGUGAUUAUGAAGCAUUAAAAGACUUAAUGAUGCAAUAUCAUAUAGAACAUUCAGUUGAUCCACACUUCGAAACACCGUUAGUUCCUUAUAAACCAACCGGUCCUUAUGAACUUAGAACAAACCGUGUACCAACGCAUUUCUAUAGAAAACGAAUACUGACACGUUCCUAUGGAAACCCAAUGAAACACUCUCAUUUUCUUCGACAGCAAACUAGACCUAAAGACGAUGAAUAUAGACUUAGAAAAGUUGACAUAGAUACUCUAAAACAAUUACCAGAGGCGGAUCGUUUACUCAUAGAAAGUCACCUAACGCCACCAAUGAGACAUCAACUGUUAUCCCAAAUGGAAACUGGUAAAUUUGAUACAAUGCUUUUCCAAGAUAGGUUUGGCUUACCUUCCUUUGACUUAAUCACUAGUACUAUUGAAAAGAUUGGUGCUGGAGCCGGGAAAUAUAUAGGUGGUAAACUGGCAGGUGAAAUCGGCGCUAGACUAGGAGCAAGUGCAGGAGCAUAUCUGGGUCUUGCUGCAGCAAAUCGCCUCACCAAAAAGAAAGAGGAUACUACGAAAAAGCCUGAAGAGGCUACAAGUAAACCGGGUAAUAAAUAUGGUUAUGGUGGCAGCUACGGUGCCAUGUUAUUGAAAAGUUGAUUUUAAUAAUAAUAAGGAUAAUUUAGUUUAAGAAAUGUUAUAUA